CUCCUGUUAGUCCAAAAUGGCGGACAGCUCAUUAAUUUCGGUCUAGAUAUUUCGAGAACUAACGGCAAGAUAUGACAAAUCGGUAAAGGAGUUCAAUAUAUAAUUUUAAGAGUUCUUUUGAAUGAGACAAAUUAAUUUUUUAUCGCCAAUUUCCUUUAAUUAAAGCCAGUAAGUUACUGCAGUCUCACAAACGAUUUUUUUCUUUCCCAGGUUUUGAAAUGGAAUGAAGACAAAACAAAAGCUUUAGUCAGAUUCUUUGAAACGCGUCAUCAAAGGUACAACGCACAUUAUUGUUUAUUUUUAAAGAUUUGGUCUUAAAAUUGAUUGGCUAACAGCCAAUGUUAAAUCGUCAUAUUAACUCAAUAGCUGACCAAAUAUUGAAAUAUGAAGUUUUGAUAUAAUAUUCAACGGAAUAACGUCAUAAUGCACUAAUAAUGCAUAAGGCCAAAAAAAAAUAUGUGGGUUUCCGGUUUCUUCUUAUAAAAACGUAGGUAGGGUAGGUCGGUUUUAACUUUUUUUUUAACUUUUUUUUUUAAUUUUCCGCCAUUUUGUUUAGUCAGUGCUUCCACAUCCAAAGAUAAAUUUCCCUAAUAUUGCCUCAAAUUUCAAUUUUCCACAAACUUUUUCCUCUAAGUGGAAACACUUACAAGCAUGAUCCAAUAAAAAAGUUUAGGGUCGGGAUUUCGACGUCCAAAAGCUAGGUAGGGUCGGGAAACCGUAAACCCACAUAUUUUUUUUUGGCCUAAUGUAAAUAAACAAGGGAUACAAAUCGUAAUGUCCAAUGAAACACAUGGUCUCCGAGCAUGCGAUGCGCUAACGCAGACAACAUUGUUUACAUUCCGUAUUAAAGUCCGUAACGUAUAAAAUUUCAGUGAAAAACGUAGCGACCCAGAUAUCGCAUUUCCAGAGACAUUGCACGAAAAAAACACCAAGUCAACUUCCAAGAAAGUGCAGAGUAAGAUAAAUACAAUAUCCACAGAAAAACGCGGUAAAAUUCGUUGACAAAUGAAGAAAUUGUUUGAGGCUGAAAUAGUCACUCAUUGAAUGGCCUCCAUCUUGAAAACUGAUCUGUAUAGUAAACUGGAACACUGGAAAAUGAGCUUGUAAUAUAAGCUGACGCAAACUUGAUUUCUCGACGACGAAGAAAACAGGAACUAAAAACAGAAAAUUAGGGAUUUAAGACACUUGACCUUUUAGGUCAGUGUAAUAAAACAAUUAUAGAAUUCGGUUUUCGCAAGAAAUAAAAAAUUAUCUAACUCCAUAGAAUUAUCAGUUAAUUUCUAAAACGUCGUCGUUUUAGUAAAGUAACGUACCAAGGUCAUAGAAUAAGUACAAUUUCAUACAUUUUAAACGCAUAUUAUAGAUCUUUAGGCAGUCUAUUGACAACACAAUAUUUUUGUUGCUUUUAAACGUGUGUCUAAAAUUAUGAGCAUUGUAUUUUGUCAAGAAAUCGUGCAUGAAUUUAACCUCGAUUUGUAAAACUCUGGCUUUGAAAUUAUCAUACGUUGCACAUCGGCAACGCGAUCAAAUUUUGUCCUGUUGCAUUACCCGCACGAGAAAAAAAUCGCACGUGUAAUCCUAGCUCAUUUUGACUUCAGAGCGUGGGUAUACUACCGUAACAUUAGUCCGAUAACGAGCAAACCGGACAUAAAGAAGCGACCGCGAAGCUGGUUGGAUGGCCAACAAGAACUGCAGAAAUAUCAAUCGGAGUUGAGAAAAGCUGGAGGGGAUGUCAAACCGAAAAUCGAACCAAUGGAUGAGGUGAGAUAUUAUAUAUCGGGUGGCGAAAAAAAAUGUCCCCUCUCUUCGACUCAUUGUAAUUAAAAAUCUCAUUAAUAAUUCACGAGGAAAAUACAAAAGAAAUGAAUGUUUAAUCAAUAUGUUUGUAAAUCGGAUAAAGAUUUGUCCUGAUUUACAUAAACUUCAGCUUUGAUUUUCUCGGCUUAGACAAUGUCUCGCCUUCGGCUCGAGUUUGUAUAUCAGAUCAAGAUCGGCUGCUCAUGUUUAAACGAUAGUACUUAAGAAACCCGAAAAUCUAUCUUUUCCAAAUAGAAUUUAUUGAACAUAGUUAUAUAUGUCUAACGUAAAUUUUGAUGUAUGCCUUGCAGAUUUCUAUAAAAUAUUAGCCAAGAUGUGGGCGUUACACUCAAGGUAGCGUUUUUGGAAGAAGCGAAAAUUUUCGCUUCUUCCAAAUUGCUACCUUAGGUUUAAACGCCUAUAUCUCGGCUAAUAUUCUAUAGAAAUGGUCAAGGUAUACAUCGAAAUUUAAGUUAGACAUUACUGCGUUCAAUAAACUUUAUUUGAAUAAGAUAGCUUCUUUAGUUUUUUGAUUACAAUAAGUCAAGGAGGGGGAACAUUUUUUUGCGCCACCCGGUAGAUCUAUCAGUUCUGUCUGAAAUAUUCUCGCCAGGGCACGCUAAUACCUAAGAAAGGUAACCCCCAUUUUUUUUCGUGCUCUAUUUUACUUAGAACAUAGACUAACAAUAUAAAACAAUUCUGGGGAGACUAGAAUGUUUUUUGUAGAGGGUUUUUGGUUUCGGUCAACAUAUGAAUUAUGUGCUGAUUAAUUUAACGCAGCGCGUAAGACAGUAAAAACUCUACAGGGUCUUCCAAAAAACAAAAAAACUAUUGAAAUAACCGUAUUGUUAGAAUUUGAAUGCCUCAGCACUCUGCUGAAUCCACAAGUGCAUAAAAGCUUGACAUAAGUAAAUUUUAUGCAUAAAGAAACUGUUUAAGAAGCUGCUUGAAAUUUCCAAGAGCAGAAAAUCGUCCGCUUUACAAAGAUAUUAUAAUUUCUUAAUAAGUCAACAUUUAUAAUAUGUACACCCUGUCAAUAUUUUACGCAUCUUUGCAUUCAGCUUAGUGCUAGGGCAUUCAAAUUCUAACAAUACGUUAUUUGAAUAUGAUGCUUGUGAUGUUACUCUGAGUGUAUAUCCACACCGGGCAAGCUUGAAAAACAUGCCUGGCCGGUGUGGAUAUACACUCAGAGUAACAUCACACGCAUCAUAUUUGCCUGAGUACAUUAUUACACCAUCACAGAAAAAAAGUUAUUUGAAUAGUUUUGGGGAUUUUUUGGGACACCUUGUUGUGCGCAGCCAUUCAAAUUAUAACAAUAGGAUAAUUUCUAAAGGUCUUCAUUUUUUUUUAGACACCCUGUAUUUUGUUUUAUUUUAGGACGCCAGUAAUGAGAUUGAUGACUCGCCGUCGACUUCGGACGAAAUUAAAAGCUGCUUUGCCUCGAUAUCAUGCCAAACAGACGAAGACCCAAAUAAAACGGUCAUCGAUAAACUACGGAAACGAAUAGAUGACUUGGAACAGGAUUUAAAAGAGACGAAAGAGAAGUUGAACUUACAACAACAAAAUAAAGAUAUCUCCUCUUGCAUCAACAAAGAGAAUGAUCGAUUCAAUAAUGGUAAUUCAAAGAAGAAAGUGAAGGAACUUAUCGCAACUUUUGAAGAAACGUUGCAACAAAAUGGCACGCAUCACGACGGAGUCAUUAAAGAGAAUUCAGAAAGGGAAUCGUCACUCGAGGCGAAAAUUUCCGAGUUGAGAUCGCUUUGGGAAGAGGAAAAACAGAACGAGAUGAAUAAGCUCAAGGCUGAAAUACAAGUCAAAUACGAUCAAGAGAUGGUGGAAUUAAACGAAAUGGAAAAUGUUCGACGCAAGCAAUUCGCGGAGAAUUUAAAACGAAUCACGACGGAACAAAAACAGCAGGAAAUCGAGGACGCGAAACAGACGUUACAAAGACAACACCAACAGGAAUUGGACGAAAUCCGUAACGUUUUUGAACAAAAGCGACGAGAGUUUGAGGAAUCGACGAAUAAUUUACAAAGGCGUCACGUCGCGAGCGUGAACGAACUUCGAGCGGUUUUUGAGCAGCGAAGAAGGCGCGAACUCGAAGAGACGAAAUCGGGAUUAGUCCGCUGUCAUGACAUGGAAGUGAACGAGUUGCGUGGCGCGAUGAGUCGCGAACGUGAGAAAGUGAUCUCUGAAUUAAAGCGUGAGCACGAACGUGUACUGCGCGACACGGUUCGUGACGCGAAGCGCAAGCAAUGGUGUUGUAAUUGCCAGCAAGAGGCCUCGUACCCGUGUUGUUGGAACACAAGUUAUUGCAGUCGACAUUGUCAACAUGUCCAUUGGCAGCAGCAUCGUUUGCAUUGCAGCAGAAAUCUGGUCUAUGUGCCCGGUGCCAGGGCGGCGAAUAACAUGGCAAAAUUAUGACUUUUUUAAAGACAAAUACCGGUCAGUUGUGGCGUCCUGAUAGAGACUCGUCAUCAGGCAAAAUGUGUAGUUCAUUUGUAGAGAGCUCACAUGCGAAUUCCCAUGCGAGUUUACUAUUUUUUUAAUAGUUUCUAGUUUGCAAUAGUAAACUAUGUAACCCCCACCCCUCGGACUCCAAAUCGGGGGACCCUGCUCGGCUGCUCCCCACUUUUUACCUGAACUACACGGUGUAUAAAAAAGGGGUGAACCUUUAGAAAUCACCCAUUUGUUGUAAACACCCAAACUUCAUUACCCCUGGGAGUUUAGAAUGCAUUGUAAUCGCAGCGUGUCGGGCAGGAGUACAGCUCUCUAGAUUGCAAGUUAUUCAUUGCUGUACUGGGAAAUCUAAAACAGUAGAAUUUUUACGAAAUUCUUAAAGUGCAUAUGACAUGAAAUUUCUUAUUUUCUUAAAUGAAAGAAUUAACUCUUUAAGUUGUAGUGUAACUUAUUUUUCAGUUUCUUGUUUUUAUGGUUUGUUUCCGAGAUAUUUCGAUUUGUUUGAUAUGUAAAUGAGUGUGAAUAUGUCCGCUAAUUUAUGACGUCGUGUUGGUUGCAAGCUCAACUUACACUGGUUAUAAAUGUAUUAACUCUAAAAACUGUUGAUACCAGUUUACGUUUUUCUCCAGUGUUUCAUCACAUUUACCAGUGAGUGAAGUUUGAAAUUAUCAUCUUGGAUGAUAGCAGUGAUACUCAACCAUUUUGAAGAGCUUGCAACCAACAUGACGUCAUAAAUUAGCGGACAUAUUCACACUCAUUUACAUAUCAAACAAAUUGAAAUAUCUCGGGAACAAACCACAAAACAAGAAACUGAAAAAUAAGUUACCUUACAGCUUAAAGAGUUCUUUCAUUUAAGAAAAUAAAAAAAUUCAUGUCAUAUGCACUUUAAAUGGGAACCUAAGAAGGGGGACCCAACUAGAUGAUGGAGAAUUUGUAAAAGACAACUUUUCGGGGGGAUCUGGGGGUGCUUAUUCAGAAAAUUUUUCAUACUUUUUAGCCUCCACUCUCCAGGGACCGGUUGCUCAAAGGUGGGUUACGGACAUAGAUAUCUUAUAUACACUAGAUAGCGCAUCUCUUUUAGUAAAAUUGAAGCCAAGAAUAUUCCAGCGGUUAACCCCAUUUGAAUAGAUGGCGGCCAUGUUGGUCGUUCCCACUAGUCAAUUAACGCUUAAAAACAACAAUAACUUUCAUCAUUUGAAUAGUUUAAAAAUGUAUUUGAAUAGGGUUAACUUGAUGUUUAAGUUCCCUGUUUAAGAAAUAGAAUACAUACGAGUCUUCUCAUUUCAUGGGAACGACCUGAGACUGCAAUCACGGCUUCAAUUUUUGAAUUGCAGAAUAAUUAGAUGCACUAUCUAGUGUAUAUAAGAUAUCUAUGGUUACGGAGCGGUCAUUAUUUAUGG